UGAUUCACAAACCAGCAACGUUUUCUCUACUUUUUCCCGACCUAAAUCUGCAAGCUCUCUUUACCCAAGUAAAUAGACAAACUAGCCUUAGUCUCUAUCAAAGAUGGCAGUUCCACACAUCAAUGACGAAAGUGUGAUCUCGGAAGAAGUUAUGAGUACACAUGAUCCAGAUAGCAAAGAAAAUUUUAAAAUUAAUGUUAUCUUCGAUUUGGUGAAGAGCAUUCUCUAUACUACUACGGUUGGAGAAAGCAUUGAUGACUCUAAUGGCCAGAAGUCGGAUGAGGAAGACUCUAAUGGUGACAAAUAUGAUGAAGAUGACUUUAAUGGCGAAAAAUCUGAUGAGGAAGACUCUAAUGGAGACAAGUCUGAUGAGGAAGACUCUAAUGGUGACAAGUCUGAUGAGGAAGACUCUAAUGGUGACAGGUCUGAUGAGAAAGACUCUAAUGGCCAGAAGUCUGAUGAGGAAGACUCUAAUGACGACAAGUCUGAUGAGGAAGACACUAAUGGCGACAAAUCUGAUGAAGAAAACUUUAAUGGUGAAAAGUCUGAUGAGGAAGACUCAAAUGGGGAUGAUGAGGUGGAAUAUGCUGAAAACAUGGAACUUCUAUAUCAAUUAAAGCGGUUUUCCUUUGAGAUAUCAUUGGGGAUGAUGUGUCCAAAUAAUGUGAAUCUACACUCAAUGGUAAUAUAUUUUCUAAGAAUGUUGUCCACAUUUUCCUGGGAAAGCAAGCUUUUGAUUAUGCUGGCAGCUUUCUCUCUCAAUUUCGGAGAAUUCAGCCUUGUUCACAGUCACAAGGGAUUGUCCGGAAAAUUGGCAAUUCUCAAGGGGCAUGAAAGUCAAGUUUUGCCAAUGGUUACACAUUUUAUGAAAUCAAUCCUACAUUUGACUGAGCAUAUUAUUGAGCUUGCACAAUCUUCCUCUCACAAUUCAUCACCAAUCAUACUGAUUGGUUGCUAUUGGAUCGUCACAAGUAUCCUUACUUAUGCAUCCUAUUUCACUUCUGGCCUUGGGAGUAUGCAUUCAGGGUAUUUCAUAGGUGGCGAAACACAACUGUCCAGUUUAACCAUCAAAAUCAUAGAAAUAAUCUCCGAUUGUCGUCCAAUACUAGAAGAAAAGAGAGAAGUGGAUUCUUACAAUGCAUUAUGUCAUGCAUUCUUUGAUAAGAAUCCAAUAAUCCCCUCCAUUUCUUCUAAUUUGGAUAUUUUGAAGUUAGUAUUCAAUGUCAAGAAAGGUGGGAAACAGAAAUUCAUAUAUGAUGGCGUUCGCAGAAAAAUGGUAGACUUGCAUGUUUUGAAGAAUAAGAGCUUGCUACUGUUAAUGUCGUCAAGUCUUGACAUUGACAUGAUGUACUUGAUUUUAAUACUUAAUGACAUACAAGAGGAUACUCAACUGCAUGUACUUUGGAUUCCGAUAUUAGACUCUUCUAUAUUAUGGGAUAUUAAACAUAUGGAAGAACAAUAUAAAAUUUUAGUAAAUGAAUCAAAAAUAUUCUCGGUGAGAAAUGUACAGAAAUCAGUAGCACCAAGAUUUGUACGGUUUGUUAAAGAGAAAUUCUUUCCAGAAUUCCAAAUAGGAGGUGAGCCUAUAAUUGUUUCACUAGAUCAUAAUGGAAGGAUGGUUCACCGUAAUGCAAUGCACAUGGUGUUGAUGAGAGGUUUUGAUAUUUGUCGAAGGAUGUCUGGUGGAAUUAAGAGUGGAGAUAGCAUAAUUCCUUUAUUACAAAAAAUUUUGACCGAAAGGGUUUCGACGGUGAGGGAUUUGGUGCCUGGCAUUGAUAGGAAGAUAAGCGAAGUCACUAAUAAAGUGGAUGGCAUAAUAAAUGAUUGGUUCCGUGACAUUGAACAGCAAAUACAAAAUCCGGUUGAUAGUAACAUUUUCACAAGUAAAAAGGAAAAAGAUUUAUGGAAGAUAGAAACUUGGUGCACUCAGCUUGUUGCAGCAUGUUUCGAUGAUUACAUAACAUCCAAGUGGAUUGAAGAGGACAUGUGCAUUUUUUUAAUUGGUGGGCAUGACAUACAAUGGGUUAAAACAUUUGAGUCCAAAGUAAUGUUAGAAAUUCAGUUUAACCCACAAUCAAACACUGAGAUGGUCUACGUUGGUAGUAACAUGGAAGUAGCAUCAAUGAUUUUUGUAGAUGAGAAUUGCAGGGUACAAGCUGCUCCUAUUUUUUCAUGGUUAUUUUGGGCACGGAUUCAAAGCAUAUUCAUGACGGGGGUUAAAUUUAUAGAAGAGACGCAUGGUGAUGAAGAGUGUGAUGAAAUCUUGCAAGGAGUAAAAAAGUUGCUAGCCUAUGAAGCUAACGAUUUAGUAGUUAACGAAUGGGCUAUGCUAUGCAAAGGGAACAAGAUAGUUGUAUGUGACGUAGGAGAUAAAAUGUUGAAGGUCAUGAAUGAGUAUGACAAAUGGAAGGAGAAUGCAAUAGCUAAAGGCUUUGACCAGGCAUUCAAAGAUUAUCAUGAUGAGAUGUUUGAUUCUGCUUCUACUUCACAACAUCACCAUCAUCGAUGUGCCCUUAAAUACCCAUGUAAUUUUGAUAGUGUCCCACAGAAUGUAAAAUGCCUUGAAUGUUGUCACGGUAUGCAAAAAUUUGCCACUUUCAAGUGUUGCCACGACAAUGUUGUUGUUGAUGAUGACGACGAUUCUGAUUAGGGUGUACUUAAUUAGUUUGAUAUUGAUCACACUUGAUGUAUUUGCAUAUGCAUAUGAAAGUGUUUUUUUUUUUUUUU